UUCCUCCACGAAGAUAGCUAGCUUAGAAAGAGAGAAGAGAAAAAAAAGAAGACAGAAAGGGGAACCAUGUCUACGGGCAUUUAAAGAAGAGGGGAAAAAAUCCCACGGAGAAAUCUGGUCGCUGGUCGUUUGGAUAGUGUCGUUCUACCUUCACUGUCACCGUGUAAGAUAGCUAGGUUACGUGUGGGAGCGGCCGAGCGAAAUAUGCUGUGGUGGUGGAGGAGAGUGACAGAAUGGAUAUGGCAAUGGCCCGAACAUAUUGAAUAGCCUAGCUUUAGCUCUUUUGGAGGAAGGGAGCGGAGGAGCGUUCACGAGCUGUUCGGGGGGGAAAGACGUGUGACUUCGGGGGGGAAGAGCGAGGAGACACAAAAUAAAAACAAAACAAAACAAAAAAACUGGACUGUUUUCGCAUAUUCAGCUAACUAGCUAGUUAGCUCAUGGCUUUUCUCGCCGUCCCUCGUCCGCGUCUGUUUAACCCCCCUAAUAGCGUUGUAAAAGCGGCUGAGGUCGAAUCGCCUUAGCUUGCUAACUAGCUAACCAGCUAGCGCUCUGAAGUAGCCGGGGCUAGCUUACACAGACAAGCUAGGUUAACUAACUAACCUAGUUAGUUAACUAACGUUCGCUAGGUUAAAUAGCGAACUAACGCGCUGGGGCAAAACGACCGUUGGAAAUUUUUUUCAGCAAAUUCAAAAAAUAUCAACAGCUCCAGUUUAUCGCGAGCUUAAACAGGAGCGUCAACGGCACUCAACAGGACUCCCUCAGCCCCGAACCAUGGAUUUUAACGGCGGCAGCGAGCUUCAUAACAACCAAUUCUACCCCUGCGAGGAGAGCAAGCCUUUGCUGGGCGAGAUGUCAGCGCCCACAGCGCCAGAGGGGAAUAAUAACGCAAAGCUGGGCGCAGGGCCGCCGUGCCGGAGGAGCCUCCUCCUCCCCUGUAGCAGCGGUAUGAGGUAUAAGCUGCUCCAGGAAGGCGACAUUCAGGUGUGUGUGGUGAAGCACCCGCGGACCUUUCUCAGUAAAAUCCUCACCACAAAGUUUCUGCGGAGAUGGGAGCCUCACCACCUCACCCUGACAGACUGCAGCCUCGUCUCCGCCACGCCUACAGGCUACAUGGAGACUGCUCUGUCCUACAGCUCUAUAGAAGACCUGCAGCUGUUGUCCUGGGACAAUGCCCCCAAAUACUGCGUGCAGCUCAGCGUCCCUGGAGGAACCGUCCUUCUUCAGGCUGCUAACAGCUAUCUGCGGGACCAGUGGUUUCACUCUCUGCAGUGGAAGAAAAAGAUUUACAAGUACCGCAAAGUGCUAAAUAACCCGAGCCGCUGGGAGGUGGUGCUGAAGGAAAUUCGAGCCCUAGUAGACAUGGCCCUUACCUCUCCACUGCAGGACGAGUCCAUCCACCAAGCCCCACUUCACAUCAUCUCUACCCUGCUUGCUGAGAAUACUAACCUCAGCGCCCAGGACCAUGAGAGCAUCAUUGUGGCCAUUGCUCCUCUACUAGAGAAUAAUCACCCUCCCCCUGACCUGUGUGAAUUCUUCUGCAAGCAUUGUCGGGAACGUCCCCGGUCCAUGGUGGUCAUUGAGGUGUUCACUCCAGUGGUCCAGAGAAUCCUCAAACACAACAUGGACUUUGGAAAGUGCCCUCGACUUCGUCUCUUUACUCAGGAGUAUAUUUUGGCGUUAAACGAGCUUAACGCUGGUAUGGAGGUGGUCAAAAAGUUUAUUCACAGUAUGCACGGCCCCACUGGACAGUGUCCUCACCCUCGGGUUCUCCCCAACCUGGUGGCGGUGUGCCUGGCUGCCAUCUACUCCUGCUAUGAGGAGUUUAUUAACAGUCGAGAUAACUCCCCUAGUCUGAAGGAGAUCAGAAAUGGGUGUCAGCAGCAGAGUGAUCGGAAACCCCCAAUGCCUCUGCGGCUGUUGCGGCCUGAGCCCCCAACCCCUCCGCCACCAACUACUCUUUCCCCUCCUCCCCUCGCCCUUUCACCUCCACCCUCUAUUGUCAAUUCUAGCGAGAUCAUGGUGGAGCUGGAGCGCAACAACAACACUGCCAACGUACUGCGCAAGGCACCCACAGGAGGUGACAGUGAGCCCAACCUGAUUGACUGCCUGCUGGUUAGCCCAGCACUCAGCGCCCUCUCCAUUCAGCUCCCUGCCCAAGCAGACAGGGUGCUGGCUUGUUUUGCCCUCAUCCUCAAGAUGCUCUCGGACUAUGACGACUGGAGACCAGCUCUGGCUAGCCUGCUGCAGCCCAUCCCAUUCCCCAAAGAGGCCCUUGCACAUGCCAAAUUCACAAAGGAGCUAAAAUAUGUUAUUCAGAGGUUUGCUGAGGAUCCAAGACAGGAGGUACACUCCUGUUUACUCAGUGUGCGCUCUGGAAAAGAUGGCUGGUUUCAGCUCUACAGUCCAGGGGGCGUUGCAUGUGAUGAUGAUGGAGAGUUGUUUGCUAGCAUGGUUCACAUCCUCAUGGGUUCUUGCUACAAGACGAAAAAAUUCCUCCUCUCAUUGGCAGAAAACAAACUGGGGCCCUGCAUGUUACUGGCACUGCGGGGGAACCAGACUAUGGUAGAGAUCCUGUGCCUGAUGCUGGAGUACAACAUCAUAGAGAACAAGGAUACUCAGCUGCAGAUCAUCUCUACACUGGAGAGCACCCAUGUUGGCCUGCGGAUGUACGAACAGCUGUGUGACCGGCAGAGAGAACUUAAAGAGCUGCAAAGAAAAGGAGGGCCCACUCGACUCACACUUCCAUCCAAGUCCACGGAUGCUGACCUUGCCCGCCUGCUGAGUUCUGGCUCCUUUGGGAACCUCGAAAAUUUGAGUCUGGCCUUCACCAAUGUCACCAGUGCCUGCGCCGAGCAGCUCAUCAAGCUGCCCUCCCUCAAACAGCUCAACCUGUGGUCCACCCAGUUUGGGGAUGCUGGGCUGCGACUGCUCUCAGAGCACCUGGCCUGCCUUCAGGUCCUCAACUUAUGUGAGACUCCUGUCACUGAUGCAGGCCUGCUCGCCCUCAGUUCUAUGAAGAGCCUGUGCAGUUUGAAUAUGAACAGCACUAAACUCACUGCAGACACCUAUGAGGACCUUAAGGCCAAACUUCCCAAUCUAAAGGAAGUGGAUGUUCGCUACACAGAGGCCUGGUAAACUUGUUCAGCAUCAUCGAUUCUCAAGGGAACUUGACAUCAUUUUAAACAUAUGGAUUUGCUGAAAUCAUCCUAAGAGCCUUCAACAUCAUCGCAAGCACAGACAUUUGCAGAUAAGGACUGUCUUUAUAGGAAUACCGUUCAAACGCAAGGAUCUUUUGGUGACAUCAGUCCACAGCAGUUGAGUGUCAUCCCCCGAACAUCCAAACACGAGGACGUUCUUUGUAGUCUCAUCAAAAUGAAUAUUUAUAGUGACAUCAUCAGAUGGCAAGGAGCCUGUUUCUAUUGAUAUCAUGAGGACUAUCCCAGUCCUCAGUCUAUUUCUGAAAGUCUACCCUUCCCUAUAUCCCUCUCCUCUCAGAGGCAACCUAACGUUGUUUUCUCUGCAACUGAUGCUUCAUGCAUUAUUUCUGUGUCUUCGGUUACACACAGACCAACACAGCAAAACUUUCCCAAUUUUACCCCCUGUUGUUCCUGUUGCCAAAAGACUAUGUCAGUGAGGUCCUUUAUUCCGCCCCUGCCCCCCCCCCCCCAAAUUAUUUAUUUUUUAUUUUUUUUGCUUUCAUUGGGGUGCCAUUUUUCCCGGAGGUACACUUCGACUGGUGAGGGUGUUAGCAGCCAGAGCCACAUUCCAGUACAGUUUUUUGAAAUCACCUCCGUGUGGAAAGCCAAAAGUCGACAAAAUUUGAAAACUUUUGUUCUUGUUACAUUUGUUUGGUCCUCUCAGUUCAGAUUCUGCCAUUUUCUAUCCUUCAUUAAUCAACACUGUUGCCUCUGUAAAAAGGUGGCAGCCAGAGUGUCCACUACUGUAUACUCAUUUUCACCUUUCUCUAUUUCUGUCUCAAAAAUUUUUAUCAACUUGAAUAAGCAUAUUUUUCCAGACAUCUCUGCUUUCAUAAAUUGUGUGUUUAUACAUUAUAAAGUAUAUAUCUAUAUAUAUAUAUAUAAACAUAUAAAUAUAUCUAUUCCCUUUUGACAUUUUAAAAACAUACAUUUGAGGAGUUUGAGGAUAUAGCUUACUAGAAAAAAAAUAUUUUGUUUUUCUUUGUUUUUUCUUUUCCUUUUUUUUGUACAGUGUACAAGUUUGAUCAUGCACCCAUAUUUAAGAGAAUGGUUGUUUGGAAGGUAGUCUGGAACUACUCAAUAUUUAUGAAGCUUUUUUUUUCUCUGGACCCCUCCUCUUUCACACCAUCUAUCUACCUUUGUAUUCUCUUUUAUUCAUGCUAUCGUGCAAUGCUUUCAUCACUUUUGUCAAUCAAAUGAACCGAGAUGGUGCCUAAAGGACAUUUUUCUAUGAAGAGUGCAUCACUUAGGAGCCCUGAAGAUGUGGGUGGCAUGGUGUCAGCUAGCAGCAGUCUGUAUAUGUAAAUACUUCAAUCAUCAAUUUUAUUUUCAUCAUUUUUUCACUUUCCACUAAACUGGCUUUGUUGUUUACUGUAAGCUCAUCAGCAUAGGUGAAAUGUUUGGUUUCGUAUAGUGGCCAGUCAGUUCUACCACACACAACCUGCUACAGUGGUUGACAAACUAUUCAGAACCUAUAUUUACAAGAAAUCAAACAUUAAGCCAUAAUAUGUUUGAACAGAUCUUUCCUUUUUUUUUUUGUUUUGUUACUGUAAUGUAACAAAUCUGUAAUGGAGAAGGUUUAACUAAAUCUCCCUUACAAUCACUUUUUAACAGGCCAGGUGAAGUUUAGAAAUCACUUCUGCUUUGUAUAACAGAAUGGCAUCUAUAUAUAUAUAUAUAUAUAUAUAUAUAUAUAUAUAUAAUAUAUAUAUAUAUAUAUGCAAAUGUUGACAGUUACUAUGGCUGAUUGGCCGUAGCUGUUUUGGCUAGAAGUUGCCAUCCGGGUGGGACAACACUGCUUGUUGUUUCUUCUUCUCUCCCUGCACUUCCAACCACUAACAGCCAGACUGUGCUACCCCAUUCAAUCAGCUUGACCAGGGUCUGAUUAAUUGGACUGUUUUAACAUUUUGUGUCGUUGGUUUUUUGUUUUUUGUUUCUUUUUUUUUUUUUUUUUAUUCAGGUGGUCAAGCUUUUUUGGCUUCGCCCAGAGGUGGAACUAUGCGGUAGCUUUAAACUUGAGCACAGAGAAGAUGGACGCCGUCCACUGAGUUUAUUAAAUAAAUACUGUGUGUGCCAUGGAUGGUAAUGGCACCAGGCUCCAUUGUGUUUGUACCAUCUCGGGUCUGGAUCAGGACCCUGCAUGGUUGCAUUCUGUAUAAUGUACAUACAAGUGUAAAUAAUUUCCCCUCCCCCACUCUCACUCUCUCAAUCUCUCUCUAUACGUCUGUUGUGUAUUUUUCUCUGUCUCUUUUCUCUCAUGGUUUUGGGAGACUGCUGUUGCCUUCAUUUUAAAGUGUGUGUGUGUGUGUGUCUUUUUCUCUUUUUUCUCAUUUUGUUUUCCCAGACCAAGUGCACUGUAAUUACUUUCCAACUGUCUGUGUUCAAUGGUUUUUAUCUUUCAAUUGUUUUUCAACUGGUUAUCACUUUAAUCCGUAUUUUGUUGUUUAUUUUCCUUUCAGUUUAUUUGUUUGUUUUUGCAUGUACAUGUUGCAUUAGAUUAAAGGUUUAAUUUUGUAAUUUUAAUUAUUUUAAAAUGUUUCAAUAAGUAAAGGAUCAGAUCACUAGCUGAGAUGGGGCCCUCACUUCACCUCACCUCCAGCCCAACCCUGUCUGAUUAAGCAGCCAUAACCACUUUACACCACACAGAUUAAUGUGUGUCUAUACAUAUAAGAAAUAGAGAGGUGGAGCAAUGCGCAAUUAAGUCAUCAUUUCAACUACGAGGCUCAGUAGUGUAAGGCUAGAGAUGUACUUGUUUUUUGGCCAUGCGUUCCCGUAGACAACCAGCUGUGUCAUGAAUGUAAUGGUUCACGUAUUAGACUAUGUGCUACAUGCAUUCCUGAAGGCUUUCACUACAGGCUUCCACUUCCCACAAAAGCAAGGGACACAUUAUACAGAUGUAGGUAGCCAUUCCAUAGAAUCUCAAACGGAGAAGAAUACUUAAGAAUCUUUUCUGCAUAUGUUUUAACACCAGAGGGCGCUCCCAAGUGAUUAAAAAUUGAUAGAGUUGUUUUUAAGAGAGAACAAUAUCAAAUAUAUCAGAUAUUUUUAAUGCUUUAAAACUCAGUGCUCUGAUUGUGUCUCCAGCAUCAGCUCACCAACCAGUCAGCACACAUUAGCAGUAAUGCUAGCACCUGUUUACUGAAGAAAAACUGAAAUAUAUAUAUAGGCAAGUUUUCUUUUGUUUUAUAGCAAAAAACAUCAUUCUACUUAACAAAAUUCAAGCAAUGUCCUGGCCAAGUAGUUAGUUACUAUUUAUUUCUGUUUUUAGGUCCAUUCAUUUUGGACUCACUUGCAGUGGUUUGCAGUCAGUUUCUGAUAUAACGGUGGAGAUAGGAAGUGGGAAGGCUCUCUAUAAACCAGCUCUGGCCAUUCUUCUAAACCUUCCGUCACGUUGUUGCUAUCACUGAGUGUUUACUGAUGUGUGUACUGGACCUCAAAUACAGCUCUGAAAAAAAGAAAAAGAGACCUCUUCGGUUUCUGAAUCAGUUUCUCUGAUUUUGCUAUUUAUAUGUUUAGGUAAAAUAAACAUUGUUUUAUUCUAUAAACUUUGGAAAAGAUUUCUCCCAAAUUCCAAAAAGGUCAUUUAGAGAAUUUAUUUGCAUUACUUAGUGAAAAAAAACUUGGGUUUUUACAGUUUUCAUGCAUCUUUGCCUGUUCUCCUCCACCAGUUUUACACACUGAUUUUGGAAAACAUAAUGCCACUUCUGAAGCAAAACUUCAAGCUUGGUUUGCUGGCUUGAGAGUAUCCAUCUCCCUCUUUAUUAUAUUCCAUUGUAAAGUGGUCUCUUUUUUUUAGAGCUGUAUGUUGCAUUCGUUUUUAACCGCACCAAAGGAUGCAGGAUACGCGAUGCAGCUAUCAUGCGUAUGCAGACGCUUGAAUAGCAGCAAGUAUAUCUCAACCCUAGAUCUGCUCCAAAAGAGUCCCUGUACAGAAGUUGUUUGGGACAUUUUGAAGGCUCUACUCUGUGUAAGUGGACCAUAAUUCAGUGGGGGAGGUGAGGGCUGGACAUGCCUGUGCAUAGCUAGAAGGGUUUCCUAACCCUUGCUUUGUUGAAAGGAAUUUAAAUAUAUACUGUUUUUAGAAAGAGGAAAAAAACGAAGGCAGAGGGGGCUAGAAUGGGUGGGGGGUUACAGGGUGUUCACAUUUUUUCUAUAGUAAUUAAAGGGGAAACUAGUUUUACAGAGCCGCUUAUCCAUUCAUCAUAUCUCUCCUCCUUUCCCUAUCCCGUGUAGCUCACUGUGCUUUUGGCACUCGUUUAUUCUACUUUUCAGCUCUUCUCACGCCCUCCUCCUAUUUCACUCCUCCUCUCAAAAGAGAUUAGAAUUUUUUUUCCAGCAUUUUUUUAUUUUUAAAGAAAAAAAAAAACAGCUUUCUAUAAUUUUGAAUUGUGACUGAGUCUUAAUGUGGUGAAGAAUGGGACGCCUAUCACUGCGGUCUCUUUCCUGGGCGCAGUCAUGUACAUAAAUGAACUACAUUUCCCAUGAUUCCUGGAGUUUUUUGCAUAUAGAACUGCCCUUAUUUCCUCCUGUCUGUGUUUAUCUGCUUCUACAGCUGGGUUGCUGCUGCUGCUGCUCUGUGGCUGUUGUAAUGACAAUACGAGACCUUCAACAGGAAAAUAAAGACAACUACGAUGUGAAAUAAUUUCAAUCAAAAUAAACUGUCUGUGAAUAUGUUUCAAA